AUGCCUUCUGGUGACAAUUCCGGAAAAGAAAGGCAAUCCGUUUAUGAGAAAGCUUUGGUAAUUAGCCACGAGGGAGAAAAAAAAUUGUCACUUCUCAAGAAAGAUCUUGACUACUCGAAAUUACAAACCUACAUCUCUUACAAGCAAGAGGAACGAGAGCUACGGAAGGAAUUGUUUCGAAUCAAACGGGAACAAAUCAGUCUGGCGAAAGAAGCAAAACAGCGACAGCGAGACAACAAAAGUAUCGACGACAUCGCGAAAGAAAUGAAGGCAACAAAUCCCGGAAACAGAGGUGCUACAGCUAUCCAGCUUGAGAAAAAGUUCUCGUUGCCGCAUAUAAACUGCACGCAAAAUAACGUGCCAAUGAUUUUGCGGCGAAAAUUGUCACAUGAGUCUGAAUAUUUCACGUGGACUUUCGGGCUUCCAACGGUUGAAAACGCAGUGAAAGCGUUAAACCCGUCGGACGGUUAUCAAAAGAAAAAAGGAAAAGGUGAAAAUAAAGGAAGAAGCUAUGGCAAAAGAAGUGAAGGGAGCGAUAGCGAGGGGAGAGCUCGGGCGAAUACAAUUCACCGCAUCGUAUACAACGUUCCUGUCUCUGAGCAAGGGAAAAACAACUCCACCUUACCUCCUAUUAAUGCAAAACUUCCGAAAAUUAACGUAGACGUUGGUCGGGACAAAGGAACCGUCUCCAGUAGCAAACCCACUGACAGCUUGAAAUUGCCAAAAAUUUAA